CGGCCGCCGUCCGCCCGUCCCGCCCCGCGGCGCAGGGAAGAUGGCGGAGGGGCUGGAGCGCGUCCGCGUCUCGGCCGCCGAGCUGCGGGACAUGGUGGCGGCUCAGGCCCGCGCCGGGAGGGAAAACAUGAAAGAAGCGAAGGAGCCGAGGCAUCGCAAAGACAACAGACGCCCAGACCUGGAGAUUUACAAGCCUGGCCUCUCCCGGCUGAGGAGCAAACUCGUGCCACCAAAGCAUGAGGCCUCAGAGAAGGAGAGGAGCAGAGCUGAGGAGGAGAGUGCCAGCGACAAGGGCCCUUCGCGAGGAGAGGCUCCGGUCGUGGAGGAUUUCAGCAAAGGUGACAGCUCUAAGCAGAAUGGUCCUUCGCAGGAAAAUGAAGAGACGGAGACUAAAGGUGGUCUUCAGAGCCAGGAGAACUUGUCCAAGCAGCCUGCUCCAGAUGAGUGGUGUCCCAAGACCACCAGGAAAACCAAGAAGCCGGACCAGCAGAUCUACCAACCUGGGAAACGCCUGCAUUCAGCUGCUAAAGAACCGGCCCUACGGUCAGCUACCGAGGAAGUCACCAGUAAGAUGGAGCAGCUGAAAGUCGAGAGAGAUGAAAAGACUGAGAAAGGCGCUGGAAAAGACAAUAACAGGAAAAUCAAAUCAAGCAAGGAGGAUAGAGAGGGAAGCCAGGCAGGGGAAGGAAUGAAAGCCUCAAGGGGAGAAAAAGGAAGAAGACUAGAGCGAAGCGACAGGACAAAGAGAACAGGCGAUGAGGUGAUGCAGGGGAAGCUGGGCUCUACCAAACGCUACUCCCGCUCUGACAAGCGGCGGAGCCGAUACCGCACCUGCAGCACAAGCUCAGCUGGAAGCAACAACAGCGUAGACGGAGCCCCACUCGUGGACGGGGUGGAGAGGCGGCAGGAGCGUGCCAGAGAAAGAAUACGUCCUAGGAAGCAGCUCUCUGCAUCUUCCACUGACUCCUUGGAUGAUGACAGAAUUGAUGAGGCAGAAGCGUAUGUCUCCGGCAGGAAUUCAGACAAGAAAACGCGUUCAGAGCAGAGUCGAGCUUCUAGGAGUGAGAGUGAAUGGAGCAGCAAUGGCAGGGAAGUCAAGGGGCCGUUUCGAGUCACGUUUGACAGCAAGACUAUGAACAGAGAUGUCAGUCUGACAGAUACAGAUAAAAAAAAGCCCUUGAAGGCGUUUGUUAGUUGCAAUGACUCAGAGACUUCGGAGGCGAGGAGCCAGAGCAGAGAGCCCCAAGGGAGGGGCCGUGGGAUUCUGUUCCUGCCUGCCAACACAGACCUCUCUGCCAGCACCGCGGGCUCCCCCGAACCCAGUCACCCUGGGCCCAGACUCCUGCUCGGCGGGGCUGGGAGUAAAGGCCCCCGAAGCAGGGGCCGAGGUGGCACUGCUCGCAGGCUGUGGGACCCGAACAACCCGGACCAAAAACCCGCCCUGAAGAGCCAGACCGCUCAGCUUCAUUUCUUAGACACGGACGAUGAAGUGAGCCCCACCUCCUGGGGGGAAGCCCGCCAGGCCCAGACAUCCUACUAUAAGUUCCAAAAUUCCGACAACCCUUACUAUUACCCUCGAGCCUCCGGUCAAGGCCCCCAGUAUCCUUACGGUGGGUACUCCCUGCAGUAUCCUAUGGGUCCAAGCAACGGUGUGUACCCGGGAGCCUAUUAUCCUGGGUACCCUGGCCAGGCGGGGCAGUACUUGUGCGGCCCACUCCCCCCGACUCCUCUGAGUCCCGAAAUGGAGCAACAGAUGCGGAACAUGCAGCAGCAGGAGCUCGGCAAACUCCUCCGCGAGGCUGGGAACCAGGAGCAGCAGCUCAGCAAUCUGCUUUCCAGAGACCGCAUCAGCCCGGAGGGGCUGGAGAAGAUGGCCCAGCUGAGGGUGGAGAUGCUACAGCUGUACGAACGGUGCAUCCUGAUGGAUAUCGAGUUCUCCGAUACCCAGAACGUGGACCAGCUGCUGUGGAAGAACGCGUUUUACCAGGUGAUUGAGAAAUUCCGGCAGCUUCUCAAGGACCCUCAGGGGGAAAAUGCCCAAGAAAUUCGGAACAAACUGCUCCAGCUUCUGGACGAGGGCACUUCUUUUUUUGAUGGCCUACUCCAGAAGCUGCAGAUGUCGUACCAGUUCAAGCUGGAGGACUAUAUGGACGGGAUGGCCAUCCGCAGCAAGCCUCUGAGGAAAAUGGUGAAGUAUGCGCUGAUCAGUGCUCAGAGGUGUAUGAUUUGUCAAGGGGACAUUUGCCGAUACAGAGAACAAGCAAAUGACACCGCAAACUACGGAAAGGCACGCAGCUGGUACUUGAAGGCUCAGCAAAUUGCUCCCAAAAACGGCCGCCCAUACAACCAGCUGGCGCUUCUGGCCAUCUACACGAGGAGAAAGCUGGAUGCCGUCUACUAUUACAUGCGCAGUCUGGCAGCUAGCAAUCCCAUCCUCACGGCCAAGGAGAGCCUCAUGAGUCUGUUUGAAGAGACAAAACGCAAGGCUGAGCAGAUGGAGCAGAGGAAACAUCAGGUGCUGGAUCUGAGCCCCAGCCGCCGGGGGAAGGGCAAGAAAUCCACACUGCGACAAGUUGGAGAUGAUGCCACGCGGCUGGAGAUCUGGAUCCAUCCUUCCCACCCCCGCUCCUCCCAGGGCCACGAGUCCGGCAGGGAUUCUGAGCAGGACAACGGUCUUGGGAACCUCAGCCCCAGCGACCUGAACAAAAGGUUCAUCCUCAGUUUUCUCCAUGCCCAUGGGAAGCUGUUUACCAGGAUUGGGAUGGAGACUUUCCCUGCGGUGGCCGAGGAGGUCCUGAGGGAGUUCCAGGUCCUGCUGCAGCACAGCCCCCCUCCCAUCGGAAGCACCCGCAUGCUCCAGCUUGUGGCAAUCAACAUGUUUGCAGUGUACAACUCCCAGCCCAAAGAGUGCGUCUCUGAAGACUGCCGCUCUGUCAUCCAGGAACAGGCCACGGCCCUGGGGCUCUCCAUGUUCGCACUCUUGGUGAGGAGGUGCACCAGCCUGCUGAGGGAAUGCUUGCAAGUUCAGCCACGAGACAUGGAGCAGGAGGAUGAGGAGGACGACAUCAAGGUCUCUGCCUUGCCCCAGGACCUGAAGGAGCUGCUCCCCAGUGUGAAGGUCUGGUCGGACUGGAUGCUUGGCCACCCGGACACCUGGAAUCCUCCUCCGACCUCUCUCGAGCUCCCCAAACAGGUCUCAGUAGAUGUGUGGGCGACGCUGGCUGACUUCUGUAACAUACUGACCACAGUGAAUCAGUCGGAGGUGCCCUUGUACAAGGACCCAGAUGACGACCUUGCCCUGCUUAGCCUGGAAGAGGAUCGGCUGCUCUCGGGCUUCGUUCCCCUGCUGGUCGCCCCCCAGGAGCCCUGCUACGUGGAGAGGACCUCGGACAAGGUUAUUGCAGCCGACUGCAAGAGGGUCACAGUUCUGAAGUAUUUCCUGGAAGCCCUUUGUGGACAAGAAGAGCCUUUGCUGGCAUUCAAGGGUGGAAAAUAUGUGUCAGUGGCACCCGUCCCAGACGCCAUGGGAAAGGAAAUGGGAAGCCAAGAGGGAAAACAACUGGAAGAUCAGAAGGAGGAUGAUGUGAGGAUUGAGGCAUUUGAAGAUGAUUCUGAAGCUGAAGGCAGCGGGGGAGAGAUGGACAUCAAGGAGCUCAGAGCCAAGAAGCAAGCCCUGGCCAGGAAAGUGGCUGAGCAGCAGCGUCGUCAAGACAAGAUUCAGGCUGUGCUGAAAGACCAGAGUCAAAUGAGGCAGAUGGAGCUGGAGAUCAGACCCGUCUUCCUGGUCCCAGACACCAAUGGCUUCAUCGACCACCUCAGCAGCUUGAUAACUCUCCUGGACUGCAGGAAAUUCAUCCUGGUGGUGCCCCUGAUCGUGAUAAACGAGCUGGACGGCCUGGCCAAGGGCCCGGAGAUGGAGCACCGGGCUGCAGGCUAUGCCCGCCAAGUGCAGGAGAGAGCCAGGAAGUCCAUCGAGUUCCUGGAGGAGCGAUUUGAGAGCCGGGACAACUGCUUGAGGGCUCUGACCAGCCGAGGCAACGAGCUGGAGUCCAUCUCCUUCCGCAGCGAAGACACCACGGGCCAGCAGGGAAACAACGACGACCUGAUUCUGUCCUGCUGCCUCCACUAUUGCAAUGACAAGGCCAAGGAUUUCAUGCCCUCCAACAAAGACGAUCCCAUCCGUUUGCUCAGGGAAGUGGUUUUGCUGACGGAUGACCGGAACCUACGAGUCAAAGCGUUGACCCGCAACGUGCCGGUGCGAGACAUCCCCACCUUCCUCAAGUGGGCCCAGGAGGGCUGAGGGGGCCGAGGAGGGGCUGAGACCCCCUGAGCGAGUCACGCAGCCUGUUACGGUGGGAGAUGGGCUUCAGCGGCAGCCCUCACCACGCGCCGCCACCGCCUGCCAGCCCACCACGAACAAUAAACGCCACGUCUUCAACCCACCCCAGAAUGGCCGUGCUGCGAAGGGUCCCCCCCCAGCUGAGGGCAGACCAGCCGGGAAGGUCAUUGCUGUGGAUGGUUCACACGGAGGCUGGGCCGUCGAGGGUCCCACCAGCCUUUGGGCAGUGCCGGAGCGGAGCUGGCGAGCCCCGCUGGCUAGGGAAGCUUUGGGUGAGCCCGCGCCGGAUCGCCAGCCUUUUGCUUGGUUUGCUUGGUUGCGGAGAGCGCGAGUCACGAGUCGGUGGCUCGUCGGGUUUGGAGGGCAGAGACUGGGCACACGCCAGCGCAGACUUUGGGAUCGCUUAGUCUAGCUCGUGGCCCUCGGAGAGGCCCUGGACUCCAAGGGCAGGUUCCCUCCUGCCCCAGCCUGUCGGUCCUGCGUGGCCCGGGCGCCCCCAGGCCUCCAGCCCCUUCCCCACCCCGUGCCCGCCCCACGCCGGGGUUGCUGCUUGCCGACGUGCUUGUCCUCUGCCGGGUGCAGGGUUUGCUUGUCGAGUUGCAUUUCUGAUUUCAGUAUAGGUUAGUUUUCAGGUGUGUGCCCUGCCUGCUUUGCUGGGGAGGAGGCUUUGAACACCUCCAGUUCCCCCCACAGCUGCUUUCUGUUCUGCUCUCCUGCCCACCCCAGCCUGUACCUGCCCCUUCCCGCCUCCCCCAAACCCCUCACUCCCACCCCGUUACCUUUAGACACGUUUGGGUUUUUUUUUUUUCUUUUUUCAACCAAAGACUCGGCGCGAGGUUAACAAAAAUCCUCCGAGUCCCCGAGUCCCCCAGGACCAGCUGUCCCACAAGGUCCCGCGUGUCCUUCGCAUCGCCACGGGCUCCUCUUGCAUGUGGGAUCCGGCUUCUGCCCGUGGCUGCGGGGCUGAGCAAGGCUGGAAAGAGCCAGGGCAGCACCCCCCCACCACCACCACCACCACCGCUUGCCCUGCUGGGAGGGUCCCCUCUCGAGUUGCCCCUUUGCCGUGAGGGGACAAGGGACCCAGCUGCCUCGUCACCAGGUCAUCCCACACCGGGAGCUGGUGCUGAGCCCCCACCCCACAUUGUCCCAUAAUCAAGUGUCCCAUUCCCAGCCCAGUUACACGCCAGAUACAGAAGCUUAAGAGGGAGCAUUAACCCGUGAACCGGAGCCCCUGGAGCUCUGUCAAGUCCCAGUCCCAUGAGCGGAGGGUGGGAGUGACCCCGGGGCCGUCCCCGCUCCCCACUGGGGCACCGCAGCCGUGGGAGGGAAGCGUCAAAAGGUAGCGGAGGAAGCAGUAGGACGGAGCCCGGCGUUUUCCUUUCCUGCGUGGGUGGUUCGGACCCGGUGUCUGCAUCAGGAAGCCCAGUGUUACCCCCUGUGCCGGCCGCCCGGCGAGGACCAAGCCGGGGUUGGAGCCCCGGCAGCACCCACCUGCGGCAGGGCUGCAAUGGCACCGCGACGGAGAGGGGCAGGGGUUGUGCUCGCUAACCUGUGACAGACGAAAGCCCCGGCCUCGGGACACCCUGCAGGGCGGCUGCCGGCGAAGCAGGGUCUGUGCUGGGGGGCAGAGCCUGCGCCACAGAGACUUUGGGGCACCCACGCCUGCUGUAGGCACACGGAGCCGUCUCCAGGGCUGAGCCCACGGCACCCACCUCGCGGUUCGGUGCUUGCAGCCGCUGGUUGGAAGCAGCACACAGACUUUGCUUUCUCCUCCACGCCAGGUGUAUUUAAAUGUUUGUUUUCUAACGGAGUUACCCCAGGGCUGCUUCACAAAGGCCCUUCCUGGGAUACCACCAGCUCAGAGGGACCUGUGGCCCCAACAGAUGCCGUGGGACACUGAGUCAUGCUGCCACCAGACCAGCUGGCCACGAUGGCAAGUGGAGCAGGGGCUCCCUGGCUUAAGCGCCCUGUGCCCGGGGCCAUCUGUGCCAGGCUGCUGCCCCGAGCCCCUGCAGGGAGCCUGUGUCUCGGGGAGGCGGCUACAUUCGGGCUAUUUUGUUAAGAUGUUUUUAAUAAUUUUUAGUAUUAAACACUUGUCUGUGCAGCGCGUUGUUU